GAACCCCCGCGCCUGCGAGCCAGCACUCCUCACACCGCACGCAGCCGAGCCGAACCGCACCGCGCCGAGCCGAGCCGAACCGACCGGAGCACUUUAUCCCCGGCGCCCCGCGCAGAGGCGGCAGAGGAGCAAAGGAUGACCUGGUAGCGCAUCUUCACGUCCGUGCGUCCCCUUUUUUUUCUUUUUUUUUUUUAGAAAGCCACAUUCUGCCUCUUGACGUUUAGAUUCUCUCGCGGAGACCAUGGAGACGGCAGUUCCCAGGACCGAUGUCUUCAUCUUCCAGCUGCUCCUCUUCAGCCAAAUCGUUGCAGCAGCAGAGCCGCUGGUCCGAGGCCUGAGGAAACUCCCCGAAGACAUCGACUGGUCGUACACAGGUGCCCUGAACCAGCGCAUCUGGGGUAAGAAGUACCCGUCCUGUAACAGCGCCAGGCAGUCUCCCGUGGACAUCGACGAGACGUUCACCCAGGUCAGGCUGCAGUACCAGGACCUACAGCUAGAGGGCUGGGACAAACCGACGGCAGAGUCCAGCACCAUCCACAACAACGGCAAGACCGUGGCCCUCCGUGUGGAAGGGGAGUUCUUUGUGAGUGGAGGAGGGCUGAGCUCCAGGUUCCGCGUUGGUACAAUCACCUUUCACUGGGGGCGCUGCAAUGCGACGUCCGACGGGUCUGAACACAGCCUGAAUGGGAUGAAAUACCCUCUGGAGAUGCAGAUCUUCUGUUACGAUCCAGAUGACUUCCAGAGUCUGGACGCUGCCGUUAGGGAAGGAGGGAGGAUCGCUGCCUUGGCUGUGCUCUUUGAGAUCAGCUUGGAGGACAACCAGAACUUCAGUCCUGUUAUAGAAGCCGUCAACACCGUCAGCAGGUUUGAUAAGAGCGGGUCGAUGGAAGCUUUCACCUUGCGGUCCUUGCUGCCUAAUAUCACAGAUAAAUAUUACAUCUACAAUGGCUCACUAACCGCACCUCCCUGCUCUGAGACGGUGGAAUGGAUCGUCUUCAAACACACUGUGGCCAUAUCAGAAACACAGUUGGAGGUGUUUUGCGAGGUAAUGACCAUGGAGCAGGCCGGGUACGCGAUACUGACGGAUUACCUGCAGAACAACUUCAGGGAGCAGGAGCAGCAGCAGCAGUUCAUGGGUCAGGUGUUCGCCUCGUACACCGGAGUGGAGGACGUGCUCACACCCACCUGCAGCUCGGAGCCGGAGAACGUUCAGGCUGAUGCCCAGAACGACACGACCAUCGUGGUGACGUGGGAGCGCCCCCGCGCAGUUUACGACACAACCAUCGACUGGUACACCGUCACCUACCAGAGGCUGCAGGGCCAAGACCAGAGCAAGCAGGAGUACAGGACAGACGGGGACCAGGACGUGGGUGCCAUCAUCCCCAGCCUGCUGGCCAACAGCAGCUACGUGGUUCAGGUGGUCGCCAUUUGCACCAAUGGACUCAGAGGACGAUGGAGUGACCAGAUUAUAGUGGACAUGCCGUUAGAAGACCCUGAAAGGGAUUCAGAUCCUGACGCUGUCACAAAAGAGCUGGAAGGCAACAGAGAGCUCUCAUCCAAACCCAAAUCGGAGAUCCCAGCGAACCGGAAUCAGGUGGAUUUGACUCCAGAGGACCACAGCCCUGUGGAGGAGAUCCCAGUGGAGCAGACCAGAGUUUACCAGAACCAACCUACGCACCACCAGAACCUCCCGGUCCAGGUCAGCACCCCAAAAACACCGUCUGAGUCUGUUGUCCUGCAGAAAACCCGACUCAACCAGAAUGGGAAAAAGAAAGCGGGCCAGAGCGGGUCCAAACCCGACGAUGUAGAUAAGAACUGGAUUUACGAGGACAGCGAUCCGACGCACGGGCCCUACACCAAAGAGGGGUUUGACGGCAACGGCGCGAUAUGGGUGACCGAGGUAACCGAGCAGCCGGGCUUCCUGUUUCCAGUUGUCCGGACAACAACGCUGCCGACGAUUCGCCGACAAAUCACAGAAGAGGCGUCGCUGUCGGUGUUGCCACAUCAGUCUGGGGAUCACGGUCCAGCAGACAAAGCCGGAGACAGCGGCCUCCCUUCUCCUCAGUCGGUCCUCUAUACCCCUCCUGUGGAGGACAUCCAAGUCACAGAUGUCUUCUAUGAAGACACAGUCAACAGCUCUCCACUCGAAACCACCGCCUCUGCAGAAACAGGGUCUCCCGCUGCUGUGUUGCCAGGUGAUGGAGUGGACAGAGUCUCCCCGCCAUCCACCGAGGACGGCGACGCCCCCGUGAACAAACCUCCACCAGAAACCGGCAGCUCGGUUCCCUCCACCCCCUCGCCGCUCUGGAUCACGGCGAGGGCGGCGACCUCCAGCAACACGCUGGCCGAGUCGGUCUACAAGUCAUUCACCACCUCCUCUCUAGUCAGGGUGCUGAUGCACACAACCCAGCCCAUGUUUAACGAGGGCAGCAACAGCAGCCACGAGUCUCGGGUGGGGCUGGUCGGAGGCGUGGACCGCGAGAAGAGGACGGUCAUCCCUCUGGCUGUCGUCUCCACUCUCACCCUCCUCUGUCUGCUAGUACUGGUGGGCAUACUCGUCUACUGGAGAAACUGUGUCCAGACGGCUAAUUUCUACCCAGAUGACAGUGCGUCACCAAAAGUCAUAUCGGCCCCAUCGACGCCCCUGUUUCUGGCCACCGAUGGUCACGAGCCACUGACGGUGAAGCAGUUCGUGAAGCAUGUCAUGGAGCUGCACGCCGCCAACACCUUCUCCAAGGAGUUCGAGAUUGUCAAAGAAUCCUAUGAGGAGGUGCAGGCGUGCACAGUGGACAUGGGCAUCACUACAGACAGCUCCAAUCACCCCAACAACAAAAGCAAGAACAGAUACAUAAACAUACUGGCCUAUGACCACAGUAGAGUCAAACUCUCCAACAGUUUGGACAGAGAUGGGAAAUGCGGAGACUACAUCAACGCUAACUUCGUAGACGGUUAUGAGCGAACGAGGGCCUACAUCGCGGCUCAGGGGCCCCUCAGAGCGAGCAAGGAGGACUUCUGGAGGAUGAUCUGGCAGCAGAAUGUUGGAGUCAUUAUCAUGAUCACCAACCUCAAGGAGAAAGGACGGACAAAGUGUGACCAGUACUGGCCGGAGGUGAACCAGGAAGAAUACGGCCCGUACCAGGUGACCCUGAAAAGCAGUAAAACCCUUGCUUACUACACACUGCGGGCGUUCGCCGUCAGAGAUGCCUCAAAUAAGGCGUCUCAGAGGAGAGUUGAACACACUGUCCUCCAUUACCACUACACCCAGUGGCCGGACAUGGGCGUCCCAGAAUACACUCUGCCUGUGCUGUCCUUCAUCAGAGCAUCCUCCCGGGCGAGGACACAGGAGAUGGGACCCGUUCUGGUACACUGCAGUGCCGGCGUAGGAAGGACAGGAACCUACAUAGUGAUAGACAGCAUGCUGCAGCAGAUCCAAGAUCAGGGUACGGUCAACGUUCUCGGUUUCCUGAAACAUGUCCGGACGCAGAGGAACUUCCUGGUUCAGACGGAGGAGCAGUACGUGUUCAUCCAUGACACUCUGGUGGAGGCCAUCUUGAGCCGUGGCACCUCAGUGACCUCUGACCUCCUCCACACUUACGUGUCUGACCUCCUGACCCCUGGGGCGUCGGGCAGGACGCGCAUGGACAAACAGUUCAAGUUGAUCAGUCAGCGUCAGGCGAAGCACGCAGACUACAGCACAGCCCUGAGGGACGGCAACGCUGAGAGGAACAGAGCCAGAGCUCUGAUGCCUGUGGAAAGAUCAAGAGUGUGUCUGACCGCUUCCGAGGCAAACUCCACGGGGUACAUCAAUGCCUCCUACGUCAUGGGACAUCACCACAGUAAGGAGUUCAUCGUGAGCCAGACUCCUCUCAGCAGCACGGUGGCAGAUUUCUGGAGAAUGGUCUGGGAGCACAGCACACACACUGUCGUCCGUCUGCCAGACACACACUGUCAGAGUGAAGACGGGGAGUCUUGUGUUUACUGGCCCAGUAAAGACCAGCCAAUGAGCUUUGAGGGUUUCACUGUGUUAUAUUUGGGGGAGGAGCAUCUGUGUUUGUCCAAUGACGAGAGACUCUUGGUGCAGUACUUCACAGUGGAGUCUCCACAGAGUGUGCUGGAGGUGCGUCUGUACAGCGCCCCCUGCUGGCCCAACCCAGACAGUCCCAUCAGGAACAGUUUCGAUCUGGUCAGCACAGUCCAAGAGCAGAGCAGACAUUCGGACACACCCACAAUCAUAUAUGAUCCGUUGGGAGGUGCUACAUCAGGGCUGUUCUGUGCCCUCACCGCCCUGUCCAGUCAGCUAGAGGAGGAAGGAGUGGUAGACGUCUACCAGGUGGCACGGAUGACCAACCUCAUGAGGCCUGGUGUUUUUAAUGAUAUAGAGCAGUACCAGUACCUGUACCGAGCUGUGCUGAGUCUGGUGAGCAGCCAGGAAGACCAGAGAGCCCUGCAGAGUCCAGAAACCAACGGGUCUGUACCACUGGGCCAGACUAACAUCGCUGAGAGCCUGGAGUCACUCAUGUAGACACACACACACACACAUUUACCACACAAGCAUGUCACAUUCACAGUCAUUGCAUCAUACAAGCCCACAGACACACCAGCGUGGACUGAGUGCUUUGGUGACUGAGGUUUGACCUGACAUGAGAUGAUCGUCUCUGUGGUUCCCGGCUGUGUCCACUGAGUUAUUUUUAGUUAAACGAUGAUAAUACUUUACUAAUGCUUUAUAGCUCUACAGAAGCCCUGAGAAGUCUUAGUCUAAAUGGUUUUCUCUCCGUGUGUAUGACUUCAGAACAGGUGAAAAAAGGUUUUGCUGAAAUAAUAUUUUUGUAUCUGUGAAAACAGGGUGAAAAAAAACGUGUGAAUUUUUUAAAAUCUUUCUUAUUGUUGUUGCAACACUCAUUUUGGCCACAAGAGGUUGAAGUGCACCACGACUCCAUGUUCUAAACAGGACUAAAAGCAUUCAUGUUGCCAUGCACUCUAAACACAAGCUACAUAUAAUGUGUGAUAGAAAGUGAUGUAACACUACUGUCAUGUUACACUACUUUCUUUUGGCGCUCAAUGUGUUUUAAUCGGCGCUAAUCUGCCUUUAGGGAAAACAUGAAGGCUUUCAGUCCUAUUGAGAACAUGGGGAAGUGGUGUGCACUUCAGCCUCAUGUGGCUGAAUGAGUACUACACAACAAACACUCUGAAAAAUGAUUUUGAUUAAAAAAAAAAGAAAGACCUGCCAAAAGUUAUUUUCGAUUGGUCAGACAGUUCUCCCUGGAGACAAUAGAGACCAAAAUCCAUUUAGUGCAAUUGUAACUACACUCUUGAUGGCUUAUUAAAAAGUGAACACCCAAUGACAAUUUAUUAAUAAAUGAUGAAGAUUUAAAACAGCACUUUUAAGAAGGAGAAAGGAUAAAACCAGCCCAACCCAAUAACUGAUCUAUAAAGCAUUAGUAAAUGAUGUAUUAACCGUUAAUAAAGCCAUUCGUGACAAUUCAAAAGUCCUUUAUAAGAGAAGUUCAUUAUUAGGAAGUGGUACCAAAAUUUCAUUGGAAAUGAUUUUUCUUAAUGAUAAAAGGAGUCACUUUUAUCAUUUUAAUAACAGACCUUACAGAUCAUUUUCAUAACUUCUGUCUAUUAUCAUCUUUCUUGAACAUUUAUUUCUUUGACUAGUCGUCUCUUUCAUCGCUCUCUUGUCUUCUAAAAGACACAAAUUUAUACGAAUAGAAAUUGAAAUUAGCAAACAGGCAAAACAUAAAUAGAAAUAAAUACAAAUUAGAUACAAAUAAAAGUAGAACAAGAAGACUUAAAGGUAAUAAAAAAAGGGAAAUGAUGUAGGAAAUGACAUUCUCCUAACCUCUUGUUUUCCUACAUAUUUUAUGCACCGCACAUUAACCAGCAGAUUUUGGGGCUCAAACUACCACGUAUCCUUAGUGAGAGAAAUAUUUUUGAUUAACCAAAAUCUGUUAAGGCCCCACUCGUGACACUAAAUUGUUGAAUUUCUCCGUUCAUGUCUCGUUGCCACUGGCUCCAUGGUCUCUGGUACCCCCGUGCCUUUUGUAAUUCAUGUUAUUGUACUUUAAACCUGUUUUGAUACAACAACUGUGUGACUAAUAUGCCAAAAUAAUAAUCUGUGAAUUCUUUUUUUUUUUCUAUUUUCUAUUGCGCUUGUUACUUUCAUAUGU